CGGAAUACUCCGCUUACAUUAUGACAAAUCAGGAGUCAAGCGAAGUCGUAAAGCCCCUGAGUCCAACAACCUCACCCGAAACAAGCAAUUCUUUAAGAGGUCGCUUCCCAGCAUCUCAGCUUAGGAUGCUGGCGAGUGACCUCUCGCCACAGGAACCUGUUCUUCCCCUUACAUCUCACGCCCUCUUCGGCGCGUCUAGUUUGAAUCCACGACCCUUCCGUGACAUUCUUCUCGAGCGUGGUCAAUCUUCCAUCCACCGCCAUAACGACCCUUCAUUGACACCUUUGCCUAGGAAAAGGCAACGACGGCAGCGCGCGCUAUCCAGACCUGCGCCUCCCUCUUCACAUCUCUCCCUGUGCUGCUACCAGACUUGCUUGCAACAUCAUGAGCGGCCUUUCGCUACCGCCACAGACCCUUUUCCGAUGCGAGGGAGUCCGUUUGGUUAAGCACGUGCCAUCCGUACCUGCUCGAGUCAAUGGCUCGACCCCAAAAGAUUCCAUCAAUGCCUACGGAAGCACAGGCAGCCGUAACACGGCUUUGGCAGACUGGAGAGGGACGCUUUACCUCGAUACGGUUCAGGACCCAUUCACCCGCGAUAUCUCCACCCUCGUCCUCUCAAUUGACCGAAGCGGAAAGGAUGCAACGCAGGCCGCCAGCUAUGGUGCUGCCCGUAGGUGCGUGCUGCCAUUCAGGAGCUACAAUGCGCAAGACGCAAUCAAUCGGUCUGAGGGGCACAAGCCGCAAGCGCUACGCGAGGUAUUCCUAGGGCUCACCUAUCCUACUCUUGGGGCGGUACAUUCUUCAUUCUGGUUCUAUGAGGAUGCAAGCGAACGAGGCGCAAUGGAGCGAGCUGCUCUUGAAGGACAAGGGGCUGGCCGCAGAGCUGUCUGGACGUGCUUCGUCCCGGGGACUUGGCAAGAAUUCACACGGCUAAAAGAUAUCUUAGAGCACUUUCCGCAACAGUCGCUUACAAAAGCCAAUGAACCCCGGGAGGUUGCGGUUUCGCAUGAAGAGCAAGAACGCCUUUCCGAUGUGCGCAAAUCUCUCUUUUGGGACAAUCUGAUGCCAGAUGCAUCUCAUCUAGACAACGCCCUACCAUCCGAUAGGGCAACGCAUUCGCCUGAUGGCAUUAAAGCACCGAGCAGCUUGGCCGCAGCAUGUGAAAAUGCCAUCAGUCGAUCCGCAACGCUGAGGCGACAACUCGACCGGUCUCGGCUCUCAGCGUAUCGCAACUCAUUAAUUGCAGUCGAUAAUGGCACGGGAGAGAUUCUCGGGGUGGUCGCAACGGACGUUCAUCUGCAAGGGAACGACGGGCUGCCUCUGACACCCAAUUCAAUUUCCUCUGAAGAAGGCGCAGAGGCUAUCACUCCUGACAGAGAGCAGCCAGAGUGGACACCGACCAACAUUCAAGCCCCCAGUUCCAUCCUCCGCCCUGCUUCGAAAUACAGCGACCCGGAUGAUGAACGUGUCAGGCCGCCAUCUCGAGCAAGGUCCAUACUGAAGGAAGAGACUUUCGCGCCACCGCCUUUGCCCAUUAAAAUGGGCGGAAACAUUCGAGAUAGCUUGUCUAGCGCGGCAUUCUACACUGCUGCGGAAUCUGCUUCGGAAGCCGAUAGCGACUGGGGUCCCGGCGACGAAGACGCUGCUCCUCUCAGUGUGGAUCAAUUUGGCGUCGGGCCCCACCGGCCAGAGCUUCUGAGAGAUCUGAACAAUGUCGCAGGCGAUGCUGCGUACGACAGCGACGCUAGUGGAUCUACCGAAGGAGGGCCUGCAGUUCGGCUUUGGCGAAAAGCUCGCGGCAAGAAUAAAAAAGGCCAGAAGAAGACACAUGAUGAAACAGUUGAACCAACACAUUUUGCAGAUGCAGAAAAGACGCCGCGCGCAAGCAUCAUUGAGGCAGCAACUCUAUCAGUUGCUAACGAUUCUCCAGUCCCCACUCCAGAACCGGAGCCUCUGAACCACCUGCUCAGCGCGGACGAUAAGGUACGGGAAGGGCAGACACUGAGGAACCCACUUAUCAGCUCUCCGGAACUUUCACUCGCAAGUUCCAAAGCUCGCAGAAAGAUGCUUAGAACAGACGAGGUCCGCAGAGCAGAGGACAAUGUGUGGACGGAGGCGCUAUCUUCCGGAGCACUUCCUGUGGACGCUGCUUAUACACACCUGCACUCUUCGCCACUGAAACCCUCAACAGACGACUCCCAGACUAGAAUUUCGCGUGUGUUUCCGCGCAGCGAGCAUGCCACAGACCUUCAUGGAGGGACUGUGUUACUGGAAUUCCUCGCUGAUAGCAGGAUAGGGGCGACGCUCAUCUCAGGUCCGCAAGCAAGCACAGAAGUGUCAUCAGGUGCACCAGCUAAGUCAGUCAUUCCCAUGCUGCCAAUGCACAUGCUCUGGUUCCUCGGCAUUGCCAACGAAACAAAUGUGCCAGCUAGCCAGCGGCCUACCGGCAGUUUUGUCUCCGUCCCAACUCUGGAGAACCUCAAAAAUGUGGCGUUGAGCUUGCCUGAGAGGCUUGCAACGUCAGCAUCGACAGGUUCCGCCGUAUUUCUCACCACGUCCAGAGACUUAUGGACUGGAUUGGCCGGUUGGACCUUGUCCGCAUCGAGCUGGGUCGUCGGCCAGCUCGGCAAUACAGCCGCACCGCAGGGGCCGAUCAAGCCUGCCGAACUGGAGGAUGAUGGCACGUUUGAGAUACCCAAGUAUGACCCCGACUCGUGGGGUGCAACACCGCGGCCAGUGUUUCGUCGGCGCAGGCCAACGCCAUCCUUCCAGAAUGGAUACGAUGUGGGACCUCAAGAAACGGCAUCUUCAAAAUACUCUAUUUUGCAUAUUGACGGGCAGUAUCACCCUCGCGACGUGUACUUUAGAGCCUAAUACCUAGCAAUAUGAUAGUCUGAUAC